AUGAGUCAGUCCAGAGAUAUGCAGUUAUGGCCUUUCAAGGUUGUUGCUACUGAUGAUGGAAAGCCAAUGAUUCUGAUUAACAACAAAGGUGAAGAGAAGCAGUUGGCUCCUGAGUUUGUCUCUUCUAUGUUACUUUCCAAGAUGUGGCAGGUUGCCGAAGAUUAUCAUGGUACAACGGUGAAGAAUGCAGUUAUCACUGCUCCUGCGUAUUUCAAUGACUUCAGUUCGCAACUUGACUCGACUGACAUGGAGAAGAUAGAGGAAGCCGUUGGGCUUGCCAUCGAGUGGCUCGAUGACACUGAGGAGCUUGUUGAGGCAAACAUUUACCAGUACAAGAUGGAGGAACUUGAGAGAAUCUAUAUUCUCAUUAUUAGUAAUAUGUCAAAGAGUAGGAGAUUCACUUAA